AUGGCUUUGUUUCCCUCGGUCUACAGCACCCAGUUCAUGGAGUUCUCAGAAGUGGAGAACCAGGACGGCUAUUACAGCACAGAAGCUGGAGCAAGCAGCAAGCCAAGCACUGGCCAGGACUGGAGCUGGGCCCGCGUGGGCGUGGACAGAUUUGCUGUGCUGUGUGACCAGUGGACUUGGCAAGCAGCUCUUCUAGAAAACAAGCACCAGCUUCUUGACUGCUACUUUGAAGCCUACCAGCACAUGUUGGACCCUGAGGAGUGGUUUGCCUCAGCACAAGUGCUCACUGAUACCAAGCACAGGUGCCCAAGGUUUUACCUCAGCCACCCUUACUUCAGUAAGACCUACCGAGAUGAAUACAUCUGCCUGAGGCUUCACCUGCAGUUACCCAGCUUUGAAAAAUAUGUAUCUGCUGGGGUUCCACCCUUCCCCGGGCCCAGCCUCCCUGAUCCCCGGGGCCCUCGAGCACCUCUUCCAGGAGGCCCACCACACCUACAGGCCUCGCUGGAGAGACACGUGCUGCAGCUGGCGCUGGAUGUGUGGCCCGCCCGGGCCAAGCCCGAGUCCUGGGGCAGCGCACAGAUCCAGGAAGACUUUCUGGUUUAUGCAGAUGCUGCUACAAUGAAAGUUGAAAGGGAGAUGUAUAUAGCUAAAGUGAUGAGAGGCCCCUUUCUGGUGGGGGCGAGAGGCCUGCUUGCGCUCCGGGCUGCAGCAGCUAAAAGACAGAACCAGGGCCAGGAUUCUCACGUGCUGCUCCUGGAGACGUUUUCCAAACUUCUGGAACUCGUGGCCCUCCGCCGCUGGCUGACAGAGAUGAGUCUAGCAAGUGUACGCUUAGCUCGGUCAGUAGGGGACUGCCGGUCUGCCUGCCUACAAGCCUUGCCUCCUGUGUGCCCCCAGAACAGCUGGGUGUCUGAGCUACCAGGGCUGCAAAAAAUGAUCGACAGCCCGCAGAGCCCCCAAGACCCCACGCAGGUGUCCCAGGCACUCCUCCUCCGCAGGGAGGUCAUGUUUCUGCAGUUUGAUGCUUCAGUGAGGCACCUCAUCCGGAGAACACUCCUGACGGCUGGAAAUGCUGCUGCCUACCAGCCUGUCACAGACGGCUUGGACCACGGGCUGCCACCUCUGCGCAGCUCUCUGGUGAAGAUCAUUUUUGCUGCACAGCUCCGCCUGCCCCCACCACUGGACCCACAGAGCCCCCGGGCGCGUCGAGAGUUUCAGGCAAAUUUGUCCAGAGCACUGGGAUUCAGAAGCCAGUUCCUGAGCAUCCCAGAGGCCCCCAAGCUUUGGGGAGGCCCGCACACAGCCCUUGCUUUGCUGAGGUCAUUUCUGGUGCUGUGGAAGCAGCUGGAAGUGCUGAGGGAGCAUGGGGGCUGCCUUAAGCUGCGAGGCCAGGAAAUCAGUUCCGUCUCUCUCCACAAACAGUCCUCGGAGCUCUACGGAACUGACAUUUCGUACCCAAACCUGAAAGCUCAAGCCAGGAGGAUGGGGAAAGAAGAUGAAUUUGAAGAGCUUAUGAUAAGCAGUCAUUUUUCCCCCCGAGGCGCUUCAGAAAUUGAAAUAAAAACUCAGCAGGUAUACUGCUUACUCUCACUCCAGAGACUUCUGGAAAAUUUUGAAAUUCAUAUGAUCCAAGAGGUAUUAAGAAAAGUUACCAGAGAGAUAACACUGGUUGUGUCAGAAAAGUCCAAGGAGCAGCGUACCCUGUCUACAGACCUUUGGACACACCAGGUCAUGAAAGAAAACUUUUCAGUUAUCAGACCACAAAUAGUGGGCAAUUUUAUACAGAGAUUAAUGGGGAAUUACCAGGAUGGUAGACUAGAGAUCACUUUCAGGAAAGAGCACCUGGAGGCCUGCCUCCUUUCCCUGGGCUGUGACGUGACGGCAAGAGAGCGCAGCAACUUUGAGAGCUGCUCCAUGUGUUCCGAGCACGUGUUGGAGCACGCGAGGCGGAAGCUCUGUCAGGAGGAGCAGGUGGCAGAGCUCAGCCAUAAUAUGACCAUGGAAAUCACUGCUCUGAGAGCCUGUCUUGUGGACUUGGAAGAGGGGAACCUGAAUCUCGAAAAGCAAAUCAGAAAAGAAGUGCAAGAAGAAUAUGAAGAUUUAGUCAAAACUCUGUUUACGGCGUGUUUACGCAUGAAGAAGCUGAAUGAGAAUCAGCUUAAUUUGAUCCAGAAGGUGUAUGAGCUCAUCAGCAAAGUGAGGACAGAAUGGACUGAGAAUGUGAAGGACCUAAAGAAAAUAUGGGGCUCUGCCAGACCCGAUGAAGGAACAAAAGAAAGUGUAGCCAAAGAGCAGCUGUGGGACUUGGAGCAGAACAGCAGCCUAACCGCCCUGGUGAGCCAAGUGCAGAGCCUGGGCCGCUUCCGGCCGGCUGAGCAGGGCGACAAGGUGAGCAAAAAGUGUUUUAGCAUCAAGCUAAUGGCAGAACAAGAAGAGGUUUUGUUUCGUCUGCGGUUAGUGGCUCUGAGGCAGGCCCUGCCCAGGUCCCAGGCCAAAAACCUGAGGAGGUGUGAGCAGCAGGAAAGCCAGGCUCAAUUGCUGAAAGAAUCAGAGCACAAAGUGACCCAGGAAUCUGCCCGCCAGCAGCCCGAUUUACUGAAAACCUCCAGCAUAGAGAAGCUCUUGGAAGAUGUGGAGCAAAAAGAACAGCAGCUGCAGCUCCCUGGGCCGGUUCCAGAGGAAGAAACUCCAGAGAGAGCCCCGACAGGUGACUCUAGUGAGAGGGAGCAGCGGCUGGAAAGCAACAGGGUGCGACCGCCAGAACCCUUUUAUUCUUCCUGUCUUUUCCAUGCCCCGCAUGUCCCCCAUGGCAGUGUCUCUUCACCUCUGUCCCUUCCGGGCCCACCAGGAAAAUGGGAAUAUUUAUAUCCACACGGGCUGAUUGUUCAGCGGCUAAUGGUAAGAACAAAGGCUUGGCUAGCUCAAGGCCCAGUAUCUCAGCAUCCUUGUACCCAACUUGACAAAUGUAUUUUCACCUGGCUUUAAUCUUGAAACCAGGAAUCCUUCAGAAAGUUCUGACAAGUAAUCUGGAAAAGGAACAAGUAUUAUGGGAGUUAGUAUAAGACUUUAUUCAUGGCGUCUCUGGAACUGCAGAGACAGAAAGGGAGGCCAUAGUGAUUCCCAGGCACAAUACUUUUUUGUUACAUGUACCCCAUAGCAAAAAAAGAAAAAAAAAGGAAAUCAUAUAAUAUGAUGUAGAUGUGGAUUAAUGCAAGUUCCCACAAAGGAGACCACAGAAUGUAAUUCAGUACAAAAGGAAAAAGACGCAGCCUCUUCCAGAGCAGGCACUUCACAUGUAUUCAUUGACUAAAUGAGGCGCUAAUUCACCAGAGAUACUAGAAAAGAGAAAUUGGAAAGUUAAAUGAUCGAAUAAGCCCUGGCUGGCGGGGCUUAGUUGACUGGA